AUGUGUAAGCAAAAUUACGUAAUGGAAAAUGAUCAAGAUUUGAAAAACUCUUUGGCAUUGCCCAUUCCAUCACAGGAAAAGAAUCUAGUAUUGGAACGUACUGAAUCAGAUCUUUCUACCACAUCACAGUCUACUCAAAACAAUAUUUCAGCGGGGAAAUAUAAAGUCGAGUUCUCCGAUAUUGCAUUAGAUAAAGACCCUGAAGAUAUAGUUUCACGACUUUCCAGUUUACAUAAAUGGUAUAUUGCUCUAUUAGUGAUUCUCUCUGCCAUGGUAAUUACUAUUAUCUCAUCCUGUUGGACAUUUCUUUCACCACAGAUUUCUGAAAAAUUCCAUUUGAAACAUGAAGUUAGUGUGUUAGGGAUUUCUUGUUAUGUUUGGGGGUUAGCCUUUGGACCUUUGUUCCUAUCACCAAUAAGUGAAAUGUAUGGUAGAAGAAUCACUUUUAUUUUUUCAUUAUCGAUGAGUAUCGUUUGGCAAUGUUUAACAACAUGGGCCAGUAAUAUCGAAGGAAUGUUAUUUGGUAGAUUUCUUGCUGGGUUUUUCGGUUCUGCAUUUUUAAGUGUAGCUGGUGGUACUAUCAGUGACUUGUUUAAUAAAAAUGAAGUUGGGGUCCCCAUGGCUCUGUUCACUACGGCAGGGUUUUUAGGCCCUUCUAUUGGCCCUUUAUUGAGCGGCGCAAUGUAUCAUAUAAAUUAUAAAUGGACUUUCAUUGUUUUAUUGAUUACAUCUGGUGUUUGUUUGAUAUUAGUAGUGUUAACUGUACCAGAAACGUAUAAACCUGUUUUAUUAAUUAAUAAGGCAAAACGGUUGAGAUCUACCACAGGUGAUUCUAAUUACUAUGCUCCAUUGGAAAACACUAGAUCAAGUAUCCCCUUUUGGAAAGCAAUUCUUUUCUCUAUUAGACGACCAUUCGGGCUGUUAUUUUUUGAUCCAAUGAUGGGUGUUCUUUGUUUCUAUUCAGGUUUCGAAUUGGCUAUCAUCUAUUUAUUCUUUGUAGCAUUCCCUUACGUGUAUCCUUUACUUUGGAACUUCAAUGUCAUGGAAACAGCUUGUUCUUAUAUUGGGAUGAUGGUUGGUAUAAUACUUAGUGCUAUCACUUCAUUAUACGUUCAAAAAAGAUAUUUGGAAAAAGUGAAAAAAAAUAACGGUAUAUCCAUCCCAGAAAUGAGAUUCGAGCCUUUAUAUAUAGGCGCAUUUUUAUCACCAAUAGGCCUUAUGAUUUUCGCAUGGACCUGUUAUUCCAAUGUUCAUUGGAUUGCCCCCAUAAUUGGUAGUACGAUCUUUGGAAUGGGCGUUUUUUACGUGUUUGCAGGUAUUUUUAAUUACACCGUUGAUGCCUAUAGAACUUACGCAGCUUCUGGGUUAGCCUGCAACACAUUUGUGCGUUGUAUAUUAGGAGGCAUCUUUCCUUUAUUUGGUCUUCAAAUGUUUGAAGGAAUGACUGUUAAUUGGGCAGGUUUCUUAUUAGCCAUGCUAGCCAUUUGCUUAAUCCCAGUACCCUUUUUGUUCGACCAUUAUGGAGCUUAUUUACGUUCCAAAUCAAGAUAUGCAUACGAUGGUUAG